AUGCCACUCCACCCCCCUUCCCGCCCCUCCUCCGCCGCUUUCACCCACUCCAGGGCCCAAGCAGCCGCCCCAUCCACAACGCCCGCAUCGACAUCGACCUCUGCCUCCAUCAUCUCCGCCUCGAGCAUGUCUGCGUCUAAGGCCCGGCAAUAUGCGCACCUCCACGCGCAGCUCGUCCAGCUCAAUGCCCACCUGGCCGAUACGGACAACCUGGUGAGGAUGACGAGUGCGCAGGCUGGAGAUAUGAGGUUCCUGGGCGGAUACGUGGGCGGGCUGUUUAUGGGAGCAGCGAAGGUGUUGGGGGAAGAAGGGAUUGACAAGACGGGUGGGAAUGCGAAGGAAUGA